AAAAUUUAUUCUUCGUGUGUGUGAAAUAAGGGUUUAGUGAAAGAAGCAAAAACCCAAAACCCUUCCUUUGAUUCCAUUAAUACGCUCCGCAGACACAAGAAUGGCGUCAAGGCCAGAGUUAUUAGCACCGCCAGAGAUUUUCUAUGACCAUACUGAAGCUCGUAAAUACACUUCUUCUUCUCGUAUCAUCGACAUUCAGGCAAAGCUUUCCGAAAGAGCACUAGAGUUGCUUGCCUUGCCCGAUGAUGGAGUUCCAAGAUUGCUCCUUGACAUUGGCUGUGGAUCUGGGCUGAGUGGAGAGACAUUGUCUGAGAAUGGGCAUCAAUGGAUCGGUUUAGAUAUUUCACAAGCAAUGUUAGAUGUUGCUGUGGAGCGUGAGGUUGAGGGUGAUCUUCUUCUUGCAGACAUGGGUCAGGGGCUCAGUUUUCGUCCUGGAACUAUUGAUGGCGCAAUUAGUAUCUCUGCUGUCCAGUGGUUGUGCAAUGCAGAUAAGUCUUCCCAUGAGCCUCGUCUAAGACUGAAGGCAUUCUUUGGAACAUUAUAUAGGUGUCUUGCAAGAGGAGCAAGAGCAGUAUUACAAAUUUACCCUCAAAAUGUAGCUCAGCGUGAGCUGAUCCUAGGAUUUGCAAUGCGUGCUGGAUUUGCUGGUGGUGUGGUUGUUGACUAUCCGCAUAGUACAAAAAGUCGAAAAGAAUACCUUGUCUUAACUUGUGGUCCACCAUCCUUGAGCGCAGCUGUUCCAAAAGCUAAAGGAGAAGACGGAGAAUUUUGCUCGGGUGAGAGUAGUGAAGAUGAAGAAUACAAAACGGUUUCUGUUUCAGACAGACAUAGACCCCGAAAGAAGCAGAAGCUUGACAAGAAAAGCAAAGGGAAAGAUUGGGUUAUUUGGAAAAAAGAACAGAUGAGAAGAAAGGGUGUUACGGUUCCUGCUGAUACGAAAUAUACAGCCCGUAAACGUAAAACUCGUUUCUGAGAAUUCAUUUCAAUGCAUUGCUAUAGUUGAGGUUUAUGCGGUAUCUUUAUACAUCUUUUUUCGAUAGAAAUUAUCGAGCUCAAUUUUGGAUGAAUAGAACGGCAAUGAAUCAAUGCUUUGCACUGUAUAAUACACCUCCCAGAAUUGAUACAAUGGGAUUUAUGUAUGCAAAUUUUGGGAGUUUUUCCUUCAGAUGAGACCUAUCUAUUGUUCUUCCGGAACCAACAAGUUCAUUGUUAACGAUAACGACAUGAGACUGAAAGACGUACAAAAAUAAAAAUAUUGAAAAUCUCGAAUAUUAACCUUUGAUUGCAAACAUAAUUUGCAAUUGCAAUAAGUUUAUAUGGUUGAAAAUGUACAGAGAAAAUAUCUUCAAAUUUUGAAAAGAAAAUCAUAUAGCUCUUACUAUUCGGAUAGUUUGUUUACAAUAUUAAAUACCAUUCUUUGGGAGUAUUCUUAUUGCCAUAAUAGUAACGGCUACUCUUGUAAGAGAUUGUUUUCAGAGAGACGGUUUUGA